AUUAGCGAACAGAGGAGGGCAGCAACACGCCAUAGUUGCGUCUAGCCUGACUGGACCAAGAAGAAGAAGAAGAAGAAGAAUCGGUCUCCGCUAGCACCACACAGGACGGCUAGCACUCACUGCUGUACCAUGUUCCGAGCCGUUUUCCGACUGUCGGCCACAGGGCCCCGGAGUCUGGCUCGGUCACGACCCUGCUACUCAGCUCCAUUGGCAUCCAGAUGUUACUCCCAUGCCAAGGUGGAGACAGAUGAGGAGUUUGAUGCCCGUUGGGUCACUUACUUCAGCAAGCCUGACAUAGAUGCCUGGGAGCUGAGGAAAGGCAUGAACACCCUGAUUGGGUAUGACCUGGUACCUGAGGCCAAGAUUCUGGAUUCGGCACUACGGGCUUGCCGGAGACUGAAUGACUUGGCCAGCGCCGUCCGCAUCCUCGAGGCUGUUAAGGACAAAGCAGGCCCCCAUAAAGACAUUUAUCCCUAUCUGAUCCAAGAGCUGAAGCCAACCCUGUCAGAACUUGGCAUCUCAACACCAGAAGAGCUGGGCAUUGAUAAGUUAUAGACUGUCAAGGUCAUUUGAUGUAUAAAGAGAAGAGCUCUCCUGAUUCUCCCCUGUCAAAUAUGUCUAUAUUGUUCAAAAUCCAUGCUGUCCUGUUGUGUACAAAAUGAUGGACCUAAUAAAGUAAAUAAGUGAUCAAA